UCCAGAGGGAGAGUAUUGUACUCGUACAGUGUGAUGGCGGGCAACCAAAUGGGUGGACACUUGCGCUUGCCUCCCUCAUCCGCAUCACCAUCGCCAUCUCUCUCCUCUCUCCUCUAGCAAUCAACCCUAGUCUUCUUAGCUUAGCUGAGCUGACUACCUGGCCUAUCUAGCUAGCUCCAUCCUUCAACCCCACUCUACACCAGCGCUGCUAGCUCGGCGAUCACUCGAUCGGGAGGAGACCUCGGUUCUUGCUCACAAUAGUCAUCUCCUCGCCUCCACAUCAGCUCAGGGCGAUUCGAUUCAUCAAGGAGACUAGGAGAGAGAGCCGCUGGCUGGCUGUUGUCCCCACAGCGGCACGACGCAGCUGGGCGCGGCUAGUGCAACCGACUGCCGCAAAUCUGCAAGUACCACCACCGCAUGCAGGCCGUGCACAUGCACAUCAUCCGCACCAUCGCCCCGCACGGCCGCGAGAUCUGAUCGAUUUUUGCAGCGGCUAGCUGAGAAUUCGGUGGAAAUUUCAGCAGCGAGCUGGUGGAUUUUGUAGCUAGCUGGGAUCGAUCGAGAUGAUGCUCAAGGAUCUGGCGGCAAUUCAGCAGCAGCAGCAGCUGGCCCUGGCCGCGGCGGCGGACGAGAACAUGUCCAACCUCACCUCCGCGUCCGGCGACCAGACCAGCGUCUCCUCCCACCCUCUCCCGCCUCCUUCCAAGAGGAAGCGCAGCCUCCCGGGAAAUCCAGACCCCGACGCGGAGGUGAUCGCGCUGUCGCCGCGGUCGCUCAUGGCCACGAACCGCUACGUGUGCGAGAUCUGCGGCAAGGGCUUCCAGCGGGACCAGAACCUGCAGCUGCACCGGCGCGGCCACAACCUGCCCUGGAAGCUCAAGCAGCGCAACCCCAACGAGGUGGUGCGCAAGAAGGUCUACGUCUGCCCGGAGCCCGGCUGCGUGCACCACGACCGCGCCCGCGCGCUCGGCGACCUCACGGGGAUCAAGAAGCACUUCAGCCGCAAGCACGGCGAGAAGAAGUGGAAGUGCGACAAGUGCGCCAAGCGAUACGCCGUGCAGUCCGACUGGAAGGCGCACUCCAAGGUCUGCGGCACCAGGGAGUACCGAUGCGACUGCGGCACCCUCUUCUCCAGGCGGGACAGCUUCAUCACGCACAGGGCCUUCUGCGACGCGCUGGCGGAGGAGAGCGCCAGGGCGGUCGCGGUGGAUCCGGGGAUGCUCUACCAGCACGGCGGCGGCGGCGGCGCCGCGGGGUUUCAG